UUGCAGACUGCUGAGAGCGAGGGAGAGUGAGUACGUGAUGAGGGAUUUUAAAACAGUCGUUUUAUUAUGGGAGAGAGAGGAAGAGGGAGAGAGAUGCGAUAACAGCGUUUGCCCUGUUCAUAUUUGACUCGGUGCUUGUCAUUGAACACCGACAGACUCACUCAGCGCAGGAAAGAAAGUCCACGCAAUAAGAUCUAAAGGGCAUACAACCCUCUGUGGGAAACUGAGUAAAACGUUUCACCAGGACCAAAACAGAGAAGCUUUGCUAGACAGAGAGAGAGGGAUACGUAACGUGUACACAAGUGACUUCAACUGGAUGAAGACAGUGUAAUGGAGGAAUAAGUGGAGAAGAGUGAAAAGAGAAGAACGAAAGAAUGAAGACAACUGGAAAGCAAACACAUCUUUUCAUCAGUUGUUUUUUAAAUUAAUACAUAACAAUAAGACGACAUGAUUUACAGGAGGCUGCUCCUGUUGGUGUCCUUCUGUUUUGUUGGAGGUGGUUGUGUCACUAAGAUUGUUCAGAGAAGGGGAGUGAGCUCAAUUCAUGCCCAGCAUACAGGAAAUGGAGCAACUGACCAAUGGGAUACAAGUUCGGAGAGGAAUGGAAAUACAAUGAAAAGACUCAAAGAACUGAUUGGUCCCGAGGAAGUUGAAGAGCAGAUUACAGCUCACCAGAGCCAUGGAGCUUCUCCUGUCUUCACCAUGGAAAAUUUUGUUGGCUUUAAUGCCAAACCUCCUGUACAAGUAAACAAAGACUCCGAUCAAGCAGAUUUAAAGGUACAAGCACCAACUGAUGACACUAGAGAUAUUUUGGAGUUUAAAAGGGGUAGAAAUAACACAAAGAAAGGUGAAGGAGUUGACAAAUGGAUCCCGAUGCACCACAGGACAUCUUCUAGCAUACACUUCAACAGAACCAGAUUCAAAAUCCCUUCAAGAUCCAGAGCAAUUUCAAAUUCUGCUGUUCACACAACAGCGGGUACAAAAUUUGUCACUCCAGAUUCACCUCAUAAAUUGAACCUGACUGGAAGCUUAUUAAAACUGAUCUCUAAAGAAAACCUUGUACGGAUUGUGAAUUCCCAGCUUCAGAGUGUCCCAGGUCUAAAUAUUCCAGGUAAAAUGAGUCACAGCAGGAAAAGGGAUUUGAUCAACAUGGAUCGCAUUCAGGUGGAGGCAUUUAAAAUGAAAAAACAAGACAGGACAGGCACUCCUGAACUUUAUAACUCUGAUAACCAGACUGAUGAGCUACAUUCAAGUACUUCUACAAAUCUCAGCCUUAAUCCAGAUCAGACUGUUCACACUCUCUUUAAACAAUUUAGCGGAUUAAAUAUGGAUCUAGGCGAGGGGGACAGAAAAAUGGAGGUGAGAGGUCCACCGGGCUCGGCAUCAUGGAAGUACAAACACUUCAAUACUCACUUAGCAUCGACUCCCCAAAGUGAGAUCCUGCCCGUCACGGACACAAAUCCCUUUGCUGGUCAGAGCGAUAUGGGCAUAUCACACUCUACAUCUCAGAUUGGCUCGGGACAUCAGACUGAUGCUUUCAGCUCACUGACUGAGAGGAGUCUCGACAUUAAAAUGGAAUCAGAUCAGAGUGUUCAUACGCCAUUCGGUGUCACUCAGAAUCCAUUGAUUAAAAUUUCAGAACCCAUUGACAGCAGUCACAUCCUAAAACUCCCACCAGAUCCACAAUGGGGAAGGAAGGAGGUGGAUAAGAGCAGAGAAAUGACUGUGGACUCACACCAUGGCAGAGAAGGACAAGGCCUUGUUUUCCAGGAAAUGGAUGAGGAUGAAGAUGAGGAGCGGAAUCAACGAAAAGGGAAAAUCUCACGGUCUAGAAGCCGACGAAGCUGGAUCUGGAACCAGUUCUUUGUCAUUGAGGAGUAUGCUGGUCCAGAACCAGUGCUCAUUGGAAGGCUUCACACUGACAUGGACAGAGGUGAUGGACGCACUAGGUACGUGCUGCGGGGUGAGGGGGCAGGGUCAGUGUUUGUGAUUGACGAGAAGACAGGCAACAUCCACGUAACCAAGCCCUUGGACCGGGAGGAGAAGGACGAAUACCGGUUGAUUGCCACAGCAACAGACAGUCAGACAGAGCGUGCCCUGGAGCCCUCCUCCCAGUUCAUCAUUAGAGUGCAGGAUAUCAACGACAACCCACCUGUCUUCGAGGAAGGAACCUACAGCGCCACAGUACCUGAGAUGGCAAACAUAGGGACCUCCAUCAUCCAGGUGACGGCUUCAGAUGCAGACGAUCCCACAUAUGGAAACAGCGCACGGCUGGUGUACACGCUGGUUCAGGGGCAGCCGCACUUCUCCGUGGAUGCUCAGACAGGCAUCCUGCGUACUGCAGUUCCAGAUCUAGACAGAGAAGUGCAGGAUCAGUAUCUACUGGUCCUGCAAGCCAAAGACAUGGGAGGCCAUCUCGGCGGCCUGUCAGGAACGACAACAGUUACUGUACGAUUGACGGAUGUCAAUGACAACCCUCCUCACUUCGUACAAAGUUCUUGGCUAUUCUCUGUGUCAGAGUUGGCGGUGCCAGGGGCGGAGGUGGGUCGGAUCUCAGCAACAGAUGCCGACUUGGGAGACAAUGCCAAGCUAGAGUACACCAUCUUGGACGGAGAGUCAGGGGACACCUUUAACAUCACCGGAGCCAACCAAGAGGCCGUGAUCAUUCUGAACAAGGCAGUGGACUAUGAGAGCCGUAGCUCCUACUCUUUCUCAGUGGAGGUUCUGAACCCCAUCGUGGACCCUCGGUUCCUUCGGCGUGGGCCUUUUAAAGAUCGUGCCUCGAUCAGAGUGGCCGUGCUGGACGCAGAUGAACCCCCUCGUUUCUCACGGACACGUUACAGAAUGGAUGUGUCUGAGAACUGCCCACCGGCCUGCACAGUGGGACGCGUCAGUGCCGUGGACCCAGAUACGGGGCUCACAAACAACAUCAGGUUCUCCAUCGAUCCCCAAUCUGACCCAGAAGCUCUGUUCCGAAUCACCCCAGACACCGGACUCAUCACUACGGUGACCGAGCUGGACCGUGAGCACGAGCAGUGGCACAAUAUCACCAUCAUUGCCACACAGAGAGAUAACCCCAGCCAGGUGUCCAGGGUGGUGGUUGCUGUAGAAACGUUGGAUUUAAAUGACAAUGCACCCGAAUUGGACAGGCAGUACAACACGGCCAUGUGUGACUCAGCCUCCAUGGGACAGGUAGUGCAGGUGUUGCGGGCGAUUGAUAGAGAUGAGGGAGGAAAUGACAGCACCGUCCAUUUCAACAUCCCUCCGGACUCCAACGUUGCCCUCAACUUCAGCAUCAGGGAGAGUGGAGGCCCCACUGCUAGUUUGGUGCUGGCGUCACCUUUGCAGACACUAUCUCGCUCUACUUCAACCUCGCUCACUCUCUACGUACCACUGGUCCUGAGGGACGGGGUCUCUGGCUUGACCAGCACGGGGACAGUCACAGUGUCCGUAUGUCCCUGUUUGAGGGGAGGAGCCCGGGCUGGAGAGAAAGAGAAGCAUAGUGAGGCAGAGUGGGACAGAGAGACGGUUUGUUUGCCCCAGCACUCCUCUUUGCCCUCCCCUGGACUCAGCACUGCCGCCCUGCUGGCCAUUUUAGCCUGUGUGGCCACUCUUUUGGCUGUCAGUGCUUUGUCUCUGUCCCUGCGCAGGCAGAAAAGGGACUCGCUCUCGCCUUUAGAAGAGGAUGAUGUAAGAGAGAACAUCAUUACGUAUGAUGAUGAAGGAGGGGGUGAGGCCGACACAGCUGCUUUUGACAUCACAGCACUGCAGAGCGCCCCACACAAUGCACGCAGUGGGUACCGCACCCUGGACAGCAGGAACAUACGUUAUUCACAACACAGUCAGGACAAGUCUCGGAUGUAUGGCAGCUGGGCUCAGGCUGGAGCGAUGGACCCCGGGCAGUAUGCCAGUCAAGGAGCCCCUCUAUAUGGGCGCUUUUGCUACAGCAGCCAUACCCUCCCAGUGCUGCGUCGCUCACAGGGCCCCUAUGAGCCUGGCGUAUCUGAGUUGGCUUACCGCUUAACUGGGAAUCAACCAGACCACUCUCUAGUCAUUCAAAACCAGGCAGCUGUGGUUGGACCACUGGAGCCCAGGGCUAUUUAUGUGCCAACAGCAGAGGACAGCCAUGGUUCCAAAGAAGGGACAGCAUCUCAGGACGGAGCCACCACAUCUGAGGGGGGAACGCCAAGGAAGAAUGAUUCAAAGGACGAUGCAAGCAGUGAUGCCCAACAGAGUCAGAGUCAAAGCCAGGAUAUGGAUUGGAAGAAGAAACUCAUCCUUACCUCCCGCUCUAACCCUCCUGCUCCUCCCCAUCCCCGACAGGUCCAGCCAGACAUGGCUCCACGUGAACGAGAGCUGGUGUUGACCCGUUCCGGCUCAGUAGCUGGGCCAUGCCCCACCGGUGGAUGGGUGUGUGACUCCGCCACGCUGCCCCGAGCAGGGCGGCACUCCUCGCGGAGCAGUCUUUCCCUAAGUAGGACCGGCGCUGGACCUGCCGAAUCCAACCAUCCUGGGGUGGAGGACGCUCCCAACGGAAGCACAGAAAUGCAGUCGGUCAGCAACAAUUACGCCACCAUCCUGCAGGGGGAGCAGCAGAGGGACUACCCGGGGAAUCUGGGACGGGGCGGGCUGGAAAUGGGCAGUGGAUUUGUGGUGGGAAGGCCCCAGAGAGAGGCCAGCAUUCCACUGAGUGCUGGGAUAUAUCCGGAGGGUGGUGGUUUCAUAGGAGACUGGCACGAACGGGUGGGGAUAACCAGGUACCCGCUGGCCAGGAGGGAUAUGACGCCCCAGCUGCUUCCAUACCCCGACCAGGGCCGGGGAGCUUUUGGGGGCAUCCUCGGUUAUGGUGGAGCAUGGCCCUCUGCAGCUGAGGAGUCCGGAAGAGGGGCGCCCAUUGGAGGUGCUCACUCUCUCGCCCUAAGGGUUGGCGAGUUCCUGCGUCUGCGCCUUGCGCAGGUGACUUUCGACCCCUCGCAGCCACCAUACGACUCGGUGCAGGUGUACGGGCUGGAAGGCACAGGCUCACGCGCUGGGUCCCUCAGCUCCCUGGACAGCGAGGGAGGCAAAGACCCUGAGAAGGAGGUGUGGGGAUCAGGUCUGGAGGAUUGGGGCCCACAAUUCCAGAAAUUAGCCCAGCUUUUUAGGGAAAGGGAAAAGGAGAGUGGAGAAGAUAAAGAAGGAGAUGUAGAAGCCAGCAAAAAGCACAAAGAUAUGGAAUUUGAAGAGAAGGGGGAGCAGUCUGGAGACGAGGAGCAGGCGAAUGUCUGAGAGAGCGAGAAGGAGAGGGGUUGGGUGGGACAGUGAUUAAAAGGCAACAAGAGCUGGAAUAAUGAAAAGUGAAGGGUAAGGAGGGAGAGGAAGAGGUAAUAAGGGAAGACGGGGAAAAAUGAACAGAGAGAGCAAAGACAGUGGAGAGAGUGAUUGAUGCAAUUUGAAGCAAUAAGCUGAUGUGUGAGCAUAUAGCUGUGUUUCUUUGGCCAGCAUUUAACAUUUCUUUAAGUGCAUUUGGCAGUAAGUGAAAAGCAAAGUUCACUGUAUUCCAGAUCACAUUUAAUUAUGAUAGAGAAACUCAGAUUUUUGUGGCAGCGUGAAAGACAAAGGCACAGCAGGGGAAUGAGAAAUACAAGGCCGGAAUAACAUAGAAGAAAAGGUAUGGCAACACACGAGGGAAUAGGAAUAUUUGUACAGAAAUUGUUUAUACAUCCACAAAAGCUAGAGAACUGAAUUAUUCAAAAGAAAACAAUGAAUAUUACAGUAAAGUCCUGAAUAAGUGUCUGCACAUAGAUUCUCAGUGUUUACACAUACACACAGAUGAAAACAAACACACAUUAAUUUUAAACCCUGCUUGGAAAUUCUGCUUUGUGGAUGUCUCAUUGUCAGGGUUCAAAAUGACUCACAUUUUUGCCAAGAACAGAUUGUAUACGAAGUCGCUCAAGAAAAAAAAAAAGAUGACAAAAUUAAAAUGCUAAAAAUUGUGCAAAACAUAUGCACAAAUAAUCAUUACUUGUCAAAAAAAAAAAAAAAUCCCACAUUUAAAAAGUGAAGAUUUAUGAGAGCUGACAGGUCUGCUUCAGCUAGAAUGCACUUUUAUACAUGAUGUUCCCAAAUAAAUUACAAAUGUUGUUGUUGUUUUUUUAUUGGAGGAAAAAAAAUAUUGAAAAAAGAUGUUCUAUGUAAAUGCAUUUAAAUGUAAAUAUCACUGAAUGCCAUUGUGAAAAGUGACAACAGUACCGUAGUCUUCAAGUAAACAAAAAAUUAUAAUAAAAUGAAAACUGAGGAGAAGAUUAUACAGUAUAUAAUGCCACGAUACAGUAUGAAAAUCCACGAUAUAACUGCAAGACACUGGAUUGACUGAAGCAGAGUAAACCCUGCCACAGUAUGUUUUGGGUUGUGUUGCUCUUCCCAAAAGGAACAAUUAUUUUUACUUGAAUUGAAUGCAGAAGCUCCAAAUAAAUAUAUGUGCAGUCCUUGUCCUGGGAUGAGCUCACACUCCUGAUUAAUUACACUGUCUCUGGCCACAAGGACUCACUGUGACUGGACUCCACCAGAACCACUGUUUCACUGCACAAUCAUGCGCACCAAUACCAGGACGCUUCAUGCUGUACGAACCCACGCUUAUCCCAAACAACCCAACAAAUGUCAUUCUUCAUCAAAAAUGUGAGCCUAAAAAGGUUAUAUGAAAUAUUAAUGUCUAUAUUAUUGUGUGGUAAAGAAGAAUGAUUAAAGAAAGACAUCACCUGGAGCUGAUUUGAUUAGGACUAAAGUACUGUUCACACCAAGAACGAUAGCUUUAAUGAUAAUUACAUAAUUAGAAUCCACACUAGCACACAUUUAUCUGCAGUUUUAAAGCAGGAUUGAUUCUGAUUGGCUGUUUUUAUAUUCCAUCAGCUGAAAAAAUAUAUGUAGUUUUGAAAGUGAUUCCAACGCUGUCAUUCCUCUGUGCCGCUAUCGUUAUAAUUGUGGUAUGGACUUAAUUCUUAUAGAAUUAGAAUGCUUAACAUUAUCAAAAUAGUUAUCGUUCUUGGUGUAAAUGGGUCUUAACAGUUCAAAGAAUUGAUUCCUUCCUGUGUUACUGCCUAUUUGAUUUUUUUUCAGGUAGAUUAGGUCAAUUGUAAUCUGGGUGUGGAGUUACUGCAUUCAUCCUGGUUUCUGCCUUCUUAUUGGACUGCAUUGAUGUGGCCCUGAGUGGGCCCCGUUGGUACUGAGCUCUCACAAUGGUGUGUACUAAAAAUGUAUUUAUUCUGUUGUAUUUUUUCCUUUUCUUUUUUGUAAAUUUGAAUAAAGACAAUAUGUUUUGAGGUGA